CCUCUGACUGGGAGGCGACGUUGCCACUAGCACUGGCCAGUCCUGUUUCAACUUCAUACGCAUCUCAACAGCUCCAUGGAUGCUAAGAAUCGUACUAAAGAUUGUGACCGCCACCCCACCCCAACCUCCAGCCUAGGCCGACCAUACCUGGAGUCCUCAGAGAUUCGUACAGCCAUAAGGUACUCAGUCUUCCUCCUUUUCUCUGUGUCUAUCUCCUCACUUUUCAACAUGGCAAGUGCAAAAGACUCGUGUGUUGCAGCGAAACGUCCUCGUUUAGACUGUGUGAUACACUGUUCGCCAAACGAUGAGACUGAAUCUAAGUUGAUAAGUCCCCAGAGUAUUGACUCAUGGAAAACACUACUAAGAGCAGCUGAGAUCAGAAACUACACUCCCAUCAUAGAGCUUGCUAAAAGCUUGUCAGAAGGCGAAAUCCCAGAUAUCAAGUACCACAGAACAUGUCGUAGUAUAUUUACCAUGAAGAAAGAUCUGGACAGAUUGGCGAAACAGAAUGCAGAUGAGAAAUCUGACAAAGACAAUUUUGAAAAGAGUUGUACCGGUAAGAGAAAGCAAUGUUCAACAUCAAGGGUUUACGAGAAUGAAUGCAUGUUCUGCCAGAAAACUAAAUAUCUGCCAGGAAAAAGGACCAGAGAGCCUUUGGUACAAUGCAGUGAGUUCAGGGCUGAUGAGAAGAUACGACAGGCUGCAGAAGCCAAAAUGGAUUUUAGAAUGAUAAGUCUGGCUUCUAGGGACCUUAUAGCAGCAGAAGGUCAAUACCACAGAUCAUGCUACAGAGAAUACACUAGGAGUACCGCAUGUGUAGCAGGCAACGAUGACAACAAUGAAGGGAGUAUGAGGCAAGAUCCAUAUGAGUCUGCUCUGGAUACUGCGUAUCAAGAGCUGUUCCAAUUCAUACGGAAUGAUCUGUUCAGCAACCCUAGGGUACUACGAAUGACAGACCUCUCCUCAAGAUUAGUGGAGUCUAUGAAGUCUCUUGGUAUAGAGCAGAUCAAAGACUCCACCAAGAAACACAUGCGGCGGACUUUAGAGAGCGAGUUUUCUAGUACCCUACACUUCUUUUCUGAUGACAACCUCAGACUGCUUGUCUAUCCUGACAAUCUAUCUAGAUGUGACCUUGUCAAAGCGAAUCAGGCCUUACAAAAGGAGCUCAACACUCUUAAAUCACUCCUUAACAAAGAUGUUGUUGCCAAGGCAGCCCUGUUGCUUAGAGACGACAUAAGAAAGCAGGAUGUUCCUCAAGCCUGGCCACCGGUGAUCACAGAGGAGGACGAAAGUAGAGACAUCAUCCCUCCGUCAGUCGUCAAAUUCUUUUGCUACUUGCUGACAGGUGGUUUCAACAAUGCCGAUGCAUCACAGAGGGUGGAACGACUUGUGACCUCAUUCGGAUAUGACACUGUGUAUGCUGUAAGCCAGGGAAAGGUGAAAACACCCAAACACAUCACGUUGGCUUUUUCCAUCAAGUCACUGACAGGAAACGUGGAGCUUGUGCAACUGCUGAACCGACUUGGUCACAGUGUUUCUUACAGUACUAUGGAGGAAAUCAGUACGGCCCUUUGCCUUCAGAAGCUGUCAAGUGGUGAUGGUGACAUAACCCUUCCAAGUAACUUGCAUAAUCAAGUUUUCACAACACUUGCCUGGGACAACAUCGACCGGCUGGAAGAGACCAUAAGUGGUGGUGGGACAUCUCAUCGUGUGAAUGGCAUUGCUGUCCAACCCAGGGUUACAGAGUCCACUGAAGUAGAAGCCCUCCCUCCAGUGACUAAAACAAAAAGAAGAAGCAUUGAUGCGCAGCAGCCAGUAUUGCCAACCUACAAUGUUGGCCAAAGAGAGGGUCCUGAACCAUGCCAAUCUGUUGACCUCGAGGAGGAAGAUAUCACUCACACUGCACGGCUGAAGAAUAUAAUAUGGAUGAUAGCUCGUAUACUUAAACAAAAAGAGCAAAGUAUCAGCAGCUGGACAGGCUUCAACAUCAAAUCACGCAGUGAUGUCCCAGUAAUUCCUGACAACGUUUGCUACCUUCCCACCAUCAAUGCCCCUGCAACACAGAUGUCCACCGUGUAUGAGAUUCUCAGGCAGUCUUUAGUCAUUAAGGAUCAGCUCCAGUUAAAGAAGAUCGUCUGUGUCUUUGAUCAGGCUAUCUAUGCGAAGGCGACAGAGGUCAUGUGGAAGCACAAAGAUAUUUUCAAACCAAUAGUCAUCAGAAUGGGAUCUUUCCAUACAUCCUGUACACUUCUGGCAAUUAUCGGAAAACGCUUCCAGGAUGCAGGUCUGAGGGACCUUGCCAUUGAAUCUGGGGUAGUAGCAGAGGGUUCGGUGUCUGGAGUGAUGGACGGACGCAAGUACAACAGAGCAGUCAGGUUCCACAAGCUAGUGUACGAGGCCUUACUCAGGCUUGUGUGGUCAGGGUUUCUGUCCUGGAUGCGUCAGAACCACAAUGAGGAUCUCACUGACCUGGAAGAAGCAACGGAAACCAUCGACACCCACACCAAUGAUAUAUCACAACAAGCUUUACUAGGCAUCCUACAGUCAGCAACAAAUAACAGAAUCAUGUGCAUGUUUGACAACUAUGUCACCACCCUCCGAAGUGAGAGCAGCCGCCUCACACAGUAUUGGAUGUCCUACAUUGACCUCGUAGAGAUUUUGCUGGGGCUCCUUCGAGCAACGAGGGAGGGUGAUUGGUUGCUACAUCAAGUGUCCAUCCGACAGCUCAUCCCAUGGUGCUUUGCUUAUGACAGGGUAAACUAUGCAAGGUACCUGUCAUACUACUAUGCACAGAUGUCACAAUUGCAAUCCCAACAUCCAGACGUGUAUGCAGAGUUUAUGAGAGGACGCUUUUCUGUUCAGAUUGGCCAUACGAACCCGUUUGGACGUAUUCCGGUUGACCAGACUAUCGAGGAGACGGUGAACAAAGACACACAAACCGCCGGGGGGACAAAGGGGUUCAGCCUUAACCACUCAGCCAUAUCAAAGUACUACCUCACAGCAGAACACAGGAGUUUCUUCUUGAAACAACUAAGGGACAUGACUAGUGGUGCCAAGAGUAGUAAGUUUUCUCAUAAAGAUCUACAAACUACACGCAUUAGAAGGGAUGAAGCCGAUGUCAGCUCAUUGGUCGAUUUAAUGGAGAACAACUGGAUCAACCCAAUGUCCUCAGAAGAGCCCGACCUUGUCAGCUUGUCCACGGGCAGUGUGGCACCUCCCGACAUAGUGAAGGAUAUUUCCGACGCCCAUCAAAUGGGAGAGGACGCCUAUCUCUCCUUCCGAAGGAAUCGACUGGAGCAAGACCCACCAGAAGUAAAGUUCCAUGACAAGCUGACAAAACUAAAACUGAAGACAUUCUCCAAUAUUGGCACUAAGAAGACCAGUGUAAAGGGCAAAACCAAAGAAGUUGUCCUGCAGGCGGACAGGAACCUGUUCAGGCACAUCAUCCUCAUUGCAGAAAGCAGGCAGCUCCGCAUUAAAGAUGUCCUGACACAUCCUCUCGGUCCCCUUCCAUGGUCUCUUGCAAAUGCUGAUGGUACUUUACGUAAGACCAACAAAGCUGCCCUUGCAAGAGAGCUGGAGAGUCGUGUUUCUCCAGCAGAAGAUAUCCCAACUCCAUCCACCUGUCUGAUCGAUGGUAUGGCCAUUCUGCAAAAGAUCAACGGCAACAACAUGACGUUUUCUGGGCUAGCAAACACCACAAUAUCCAUAGUUUUAAAGGAAGGUGUGAACAGUCACAGAAUCGAUGUUAUAUUUGACGUGUACAGGGACCAGUCCAUCAAAGAUGCUGAGAGGUUCAAGCGUGGGUCAAGCACAGCAAUACAGUACAAAACCAUAACUGGCGGAUAUCAGGUCAAACAAUGGAGAAAGUUUCUGUCCAGCUCCAACAACAAAUCGUCCCUGAUCAAGUUUCUGGUUGACGAAUGGAAGCAGCCAAGCUACCGAGAGAAGCUUAGGAACAAGACGCUGUAUGCUACCUGCGAGGAUGCCUGCUACAGGUUCACUAAAGAUGAAUGGGUGGAAAUUGCGGAGCUACAAUGCUCACAAGAAGAAGCUGACACGCGCCUCCUACUCCAUGCACUCCACGCUGCUGAGUCUGGUUCUGAAGCAGUUGUCAUCACAGCAGAAGACACAGACGUCAUGAUCAUCAGCCUCGCCUUCGCUAAACGUAUCCCAUGCAAGGUGUACCAGAAGUGUGGCACAAAGAACAGAACACGCUUCAUUGACAUUGACAAGUUGGCAGAUGCAUUGGGAGAAGAGGUCUGUAAAGCAUUGGUUGGACUACAUGCAUUCACAGGAUGCGAUACUGUUAGCGCAUUUUCUGGCCGUGGAAAGUUGGGCGCUUUCAAGCUGAUGUUGAAGAAUGAAGAGUACCAGAAUGCAUUUCAGAAACUAGGAGAAAGCUGGACGGUGUCUCCUGAUGACACCCUGUUCAAGAGGAUUGAGCGCUUCACCUGUCAGAUGUACGUGUCGUCUACCCCUGUAGCUGACGUAAACGAGAUGCGGCACCACUUGUUCAUUGCCAAAAAGGGAAAUGUGGAAUCAAGUGCACUACCACCGUGCCGAGACUGCCUUCAUCUGCAUGUUCAACGAGCAAACUACCAAGCCGGUAUAUGGAGGGGGUGCCUCCAGAACGACCCUCAGGUACCAAGCCCAGUAGAUGCAGGAUGGAAGUUAGAUGAAGAUGGUAAUCUUUCCAUCACAUGGCUACAGUCACCUCCCGCGCCAGCUGCUGUACUGGAGCUGCUGACAUGUAGCUGCUCGCGGUCGUGUACUCUGCCCUCCUGCACCUGUCUUGCAAAUGGUUUGAACUGCACAGAUAUGUGUAAAUUGAAAGACUGUUGUAACAGGAAAGAGGAAGAAACUGAAGAGGAUCUGGACAUUGAACUCUCCUCUAGUGAUGUUGAUGACACAUCUAGUGACACUGAUGAUGAAUAGAUAACAAUCAAAUGUAAAGUUGACAUGAUAAUGAUAAUUGUGCUUGUACAUGCCAUAUUGUGUAAAUACUCAGGGCAUAUAGGUUGUUCAUCUAUAGACAAAUUUGUUGCUUUGCAUUAUGUACAUACAGCUUACAGCUAUGGUUUAUGAUAUGGCAUUGUCAUAUGUUAUCAAGUAGAUAAAAUUAUUUAUUAACUUUUUAUUAGAUAAACAUAAUACUCAUUAACUCAACAUCUUAUUGGUCAGCUUAUUCUAAACCUGAUUACUCUCCCAAAACAAAAGUUUCUCGACAAAAACUGGAUUUUGUGCUGCAUUUAGCUUGGAAUUGCAGCCCAGCAUCUCCAUAGCAACGGCCCUAGCAACGGUUUCCCCAACACAAGGCCUGUAGGUGUGUACUUAAUUAGGUACUCAUAUCUCUAGAUAGAAAUGGUGGAUUUUCAUGAUUUAAACUUUGGAAUGCAGGGAAUGAUACAACAAAGCAGAUUAAAACACAAAACAAGGUCAAAUGUGUGUUCGGAAUAAAUGUCAGCCUUUGAAAAGUAGAAAUUAACAUUUUUCAUCCAAAAUUUGCCCAAAAAUUAUAAUUCAAAGACUCAUAACUCUUCAUAGGAUCAACAUAUUGAAGUGAUAUUAAGUUUUCUGUAAUCCUUGAUUCAUUCUGUAUCAGCCUAACAAGUUUCAUUUGAAAAUAUUAUUGUUUGAUUGAUUUACAUACCCAUUUGUAUAAUUAUAUCAAAGGGCGUGGUCCAGAUCGGGGUCAAAAGGUCAAGGGCAGAUAGCCGGGUCAAAGCUACCACUUUGCGAUGGCUAUCAUAUCAAAAUAUAUCCCUCAGAUACCCUACUACUUAAAAAUCAUAAGGAAAAUUUGCCCCCUCAGGUGGUACCAAUAUCUCCUCUG